GUCCCAGCUUGGACAUUUCAGGAUUGUCACUAUGUCUUCCAAUAUGACUGCCUGGAAAAUACUACUGAUGCUAAUCUUCCUGUUAGCUCUCUGGGUGUUCUUUAUGGCUUCAAGAAAUUUCUCAAAGUUGGGGGCCACAUUAAAACUUCCCAUCUCUAUACAUCACUGGAACACUUCCAAAAAGUUCUUAUCUGCUGAAAUGCCACUCACCACAGCCAUGGCACCCACAGAGAUUGAGAUGAAAACAAAUAAAAUAAUCAAUCAGCUAGACAAGUUUAUCCCACACAGACCAUUCUCCCACAUGAACACCACCACUAGUGCAGCCCAAAGUGUGGCCACCAUCUUUAAUCCAAAGACCACUUACUGCAGGGGAGAUCAGCUAGAUAUUCUCCUGGAGGUAAGAGACUUCUUGGGGCAAAGAAAGGAAUAUGGAGGGGACUUCUUAAGGGUCAGGAUUUAUUCCCCAGAACUGAAAGCAGGAGCUUCAGGAAAAGUGACUGACUUCAGCAAUGGCACCUAACUUGUCAGCUUCACAUUACUCUGGGUGGGCAGAGUCUCUGUGUCUCUUCUGCUCAUCCACCCCAGUGAAGGAGUGUCUGCGCUCUGGAGAGCAAGGAAUAGGGGCUAUGAUAAGGUGAUUUUCACAGGCCAAUUUGCCAAUGGCACGUCACAGGUCUUCACUGAAUGUGGCCUGGUUUUAAAUACAAGUGCUGAAUUGUGCCAAUACCUGGACCAUCGAGAUCAAGAAGCCUUCUACUGUGUGAAACCUCCACAUAUAUCCUGUGAUGCAUUCGCCCAUAUGAAGACCAGGAAUAGUGAAGUUUCUUAUCUUAGCAUAAAGGAGAAAACUCUUUUUCAAAGGUCCAAUGUGGGGGUUGAAAUUAUGAAAAGUUUUAAAGCCAUUGAGGUCUCAAAUUGUAACAACAGUGAAAUGGAGAGAGAAAAAUGCCAUAUUGGGAUGAAGGUCCCUAUUCCCAGUGGAUAUGCUUUGCAAGGGAUGUGGAUUCCAACAUCAUGUAAACUUAUUCGAUUUAAUGAUGCAAAUAUAAUCAGAGAUUGCUUGAAAGGAAAACUCGUUUACCUCAUGGGAGAUUCAACACUACGUCAGUGGAUACUCUACUUCCCUAAGAUGAUGAAAACUCUAAAAUUUUUUGAUCAUCAUGGAAGUGGAAAUUUUAAAAAAUAUGUACUUGUGGAUAUGGAAAGACAUAUUUACAUUCAGUGGAAAAAACAUGGACAUCCAUUUGUCACUCAACAGCUCUUCUCAGUGAAAGAUGAUGAGUAUGUCACCCGUGAAAUUGAUAGAAUAUCAGGAGACAAAAACACAGCCAUUGUCAUUACCUUGGGACAACAUUUCAGACCCUUCCCCAUUGAUAUCUUCAUACGAAGGGCCAUCAAUGUCCGAAUGGCCAUUGAGAGAUUAUUCUUGAGAAGCCCAGACACCAAAGUCAUCAUUAAAACUGAAAACAUAAGGGAGAUGGACAUUGAGGCUGAAAGAUUUGGUGACUUUCAUGGCUACAUUCAAUAUCUUAUUAUGAAGGACAUUUUCCAAGACCUCAGUGUAGGCAUCAUUGAUGCCUGGGACAUGACUAUUGCAUAUGGCACAAACAAUGUGCAUCCACCCAAUCAUGUUGUUGGAAAUCAGAUUAACAUGUUCUUAAAUUAUAUCUGUUAA